UUAGCAGCCACUCCCACGUAAAUGGCAGCUCAGAGUGAGUAUGUAUUUGCAGGGAAAUUAAGCGAUUUGAAGUCCUCAAGAAAGCAAAGAGUGACUGUCUCGGACAGAGUAUUGGCUUUAUUUUAUGCAAACGGGCAGGUCUACGCUUUGGAUCAUUUCUGCUAUCAUACUGGAGGACCUUUGUCCCUUGGAGAUAUUGAAGACUCACAUGGUCGUAUGUGUAUCAUCUGUCCAUGGCACAAACACAGUAUUACGCUAGACACUGGCGAGAGUCUUUAUACCGCCAUUGAUCCUUUUAAUCCUCGUAACAUAAAACACAACUGCUCUAAAGGAGUGAAGCAGCGGACUCAUUCCGUUAGAAUCGAAGGAGAUGACAUUUUAGUGAAGCUGUCGGACGUGACGGAAAAGGUUUUCGAGUCUGAUCGAUAUUUUACGGAAGAGUAUAAGGUUUUCAUGGAGAAUGUCAUCAAAGAUCCCAUUUUAGUCAAGAAGGAUCCUUUAGGAGUCCCGCUACACUCUAACAGAACUGACUUGAAAGGUUUCAAAAACAAGUAGAUUAAUAGAAAUUAGUCAUUAACUUGUUAUUGCUCUUGAAGAUUAUAUUUUAAAUUCAUUCUUAGUUCCUUUAUUAUUAUUAUUAGUAUUA